AAAGGGGGGGGGGGGGAGCAGUAGCUUGUAUGUCUCGUUGUUGAAGCUGUACUGGGAUACCUCAUAUAUUAGUUCAAUAAAGAUGUGGUGAAUGGUCUAUAUAUGUUUGAAACUAGGUUGGUUUUUGUGACUUGGGAAAAACCUAAUUAAGUUUCCUAGACUAAAACUUGGAUUUGAGUAUUAGGCUGAUGAGCUUCAGAAAUACAAACAUAAUUUUGAUGACUUAAAGCUCAGAACUAUAGAAGAAAAUUGGAUUUUCAGGUUUAAAAGAUUUCUUUGAUUAUUUGAUGAUAUCUGUGUCACUUAUCUUUACUGUGAUCUUGUGUAACUUUUUUUGGUUUGAUCAUCAUUCCUAAAUGGCAUCAGCAGCCUCUAUAGCCUUUAUGUCAUAUUCAGAUUGCUGUCAUGGUAUCCAGCUACAAAAAGGCAGAUUUCCAAUUGCAUAUGAAAGUCAGGGAGUGUCUCUACUGCGAGCCUUGUCUUUCCUGUCUCUACACCAUCGAAAUCACCAGCGAAAUCACAUAGGGCUUCUCAGAGCUACACGACGCCCUUCAGUAGUCUGUUCACGCCACCCCAAGACUGCAACAGUAACACAGAAGUCUUGGGACAAACUGGUUUUGAAAAAUGAAUCUCCAGUUCUUGUUGAGUUCUACGCAAGUUGGUGCGGGCCCUGUCAGAUGGUUCACCGAGUUAUCGAUGAAAUUGCUGUGGAAUACAAGGGGAGACUCGAUUGCUUUGUACUCAACACUGACAAUGAUUUUGAAAUCGCGGAAGAACAUGAUACUAAAGCCGUUCCAGUGGUUCUUUUGUUCAAAAAUGGAAUGAAACAAGAUAGUGUCAUCGGCACCAUGCCUAAGGAAUUCUACGUGGCUGCCAUUGAGAAAAUGUUGGCUUCUUAAACUUCUGAAGAAAAUGUGAAUAGCCUUUUAGUGAUGUUCAUGAAACUAUAGGCAUUUACUUGUAUACAAUAGGUGUACUGUAUUUUGUAUACAUCACGCUUAAAAUCGCAUAAAAGUUGACUUUGUAAAAGGGGUGAUUUUUAUAUGAUUUAGAAUGGGCGAGUGACCAAGAUUGUUGUAUAUUGUACACCUAUUGUAUACAAGACUUACAUGUUCAUAUGGGUGGC